GCGUACGUAGAGACGGAAGGAGCGGACGGGAGGAGUUUCCAGUUCUAAACAGAGAUUAAAGUCUUUGUUUUUAUCAGUUAUUAUAAAUGACAGCGAAUAAAAGUUAGUUUGUGUGUUUUAAGAAGUGUUUCGGCAGUUAUGGAGGCCGUUCCGCGGAUGCCAAUGAUUUGGCUGGAGCUGAAAGACGCCGGGGAGUUUCCGUUCAGCCACGCCGCCAAACAGUACAUCCAGAGGAGUUAUGGUGAAAACCCAGAGAACUACACUGAAGCCCUGAAGAAGCUGGAGCACCUCCGACACAAUGUGGUGAACGUGCCGCGGGAUUUUGAGGGCUGCAACAUGCUCCGGAAAUACUUCGGUCAGCUGCACUUUCUACAGAGCAGAGUCCCCAUGGCUAAAGGACAGGAAGCAGCGGUACCAGUGACGUGGACAGAUAUCUUCUCAGGGAAGCAGAUCACACAUGAGGACAUCAGUUAUGAACAGGCCUGUGUUCUCUAUAACCUGGGUGCUUUACAUUCUUUACUGGGAGCUAUGGACAACAGGGUGUCUGAAGAGGGGAUGAAGACGUCCUGUACCCAUUUCCAGUGCUCUGCUGGAGCCUUCACCUACAUCAGAGACCAUUACAACUUCAACUACAGCUCUGAUAUAAGCCACCAGGCGCUGUCCAUCAACAUCAGCCUCAUGCUGGCUCAGGCGCAGGAGUGUCUGCUUGAGAAAACUCUGUUGGACAACAGGAAGAGCGUCCUGAUCGCUCGCAUCUGUACCCAGGUGUGUGAGUACUAUAAGGAGUGUGUGAGGGUGUUGGAGAAUUCGGAGGGGACGUUUGGGAAGAAGGAGUGGAGGAAACUCAUCUAUAUGAAGAUUAGCUACUUCAGUGCAGUGACCUACUUGCACAUGGGCAAACAGUCUGAGGAACAGAAGAAAUUUGGAGAAGCUGUUGCGUACUUCCAAGGCGCUCUUGACAGACUAAAUGAAGCCAUCAAGCUGGCCAAGCAUCAGCCAGACUCUGUACAGGAGGCUCUGAGAUUCACUAUGGACGUCAUCGGCGGGAAGUUUAACUCUGCUAGAAAGGAUAAUGACUUUAUCUAUCACGAGUCCGUCCCGGAUCUGGAAAAGCUUUCUGCAGUUAAAGGUGCUUCCCUGGUUAAACCCGUCCCCGUGUCCCCCACCGACCUCAGCAUCACCGGUCCUGACCUGUUCUCCAAACUGGUUCCAAUGGCCAGUCACGAGGCUUCCUCACUCUACAGUGAGGAGAAGGCCAAAAUGCUCCGUGAAGUGAUGGCAAAGAUUGACGAGAAGAACCAGACCCUAGAGACGUUUAUGGAUUCUCUGAGCUGUGAUUCUGUGGAUCAUCUGGAGAUGUUCAGCACUGUGCCUCCGGUGCUGCUGGAGAAAUGUGCAGCUCUCAGCGUCCGAUCUGAUGCAGUCAAGAGUUUAGCACAGGCCAUGCAGGCCCUGUCUGGAGUGUACACGGAUGUGGGCUCGUCUCUGGAGGAAGCCCGGGCUGCUCUGGGUGAAGAUGAGGCUGGGGAGAAGAGCCUGGUGGAGGUGGUCGGACAGAAGGGUCUGCCCACGAGACCCCCUGCCCUACAGGAGCUCCAGCAGGAGCUGAAGAAGUACGAGACAGCCCAUCAGGAGGCCAGCCACACCAACACCGAGCUCCACAGAGCCAUGAACGAGCACAUCCCCAACCUGCGCCUCCUCCAGGGACCACUGGAGGAGCUGAGGAACAACCUGCCGCAGCCACAACUAAGCCAGGAGGACACGUCGUCUCUGCAGAAUAUGAAGCGGCUGCAGGAGAAAGUUGGGGAGAUGAGGAAACAGAGGGUCUCUCUGGAGCAGCAGCUCCGUGACCUCAUCCAGAAAGAUGACAUCACUACUGUCUUGGUGACAACAGAGCGCUACGAUAUAAAGGAUCUGUUCGGGAAGCAGCUGCUGAAGUACGAUCAGCUGAAGGGAUAUAUUGAUCAGAACCUGACAGCUCAGGACAACAUCCUGAAAGCUCUGACUGAGGCUAAUGUGCAGUACGCCACCGUCCGCAGGACCAUCACUCUCACAGAGGAACAGUGGAACAGCUCUGUUCAGUCUCUGGUGGCCUCGUAUGAAGCUCUGGAGGAUUUGAUGAAGAAAGCUGAGGAAGGUAAAAACUUCUACCAGGACCUGGAUAAGAAAACCACCACCCUGCUGGAGGGAAUUAAGACCAUCUGUCAGACCAGAGAUCAGGAGAGAGUCGCCCUGCUGGAGAGGGAGGUGGGAAAAGGACCUCCUGCUAGACCUACUGCUCCAAAGCCAGUGCUUGGUAAUAAAGUCUCGAGUUCUGGAUCUUCUGGACCUUCCAGUUUGGAGGCUGUGGGUCCCUCGGCCAUGCCUUUUAGUUGUGAAGAUCUUCCACAGGAGCUGAGGUGCAUUCCUCCAGAAAUGAACGCCCCUUCCCGGGGUGCAGUUCCUCUUACCUGGCCUCCAGGUGCAGCACCGUUCGCCCCCAAUUUGUUUCCAAACCAGAGGAUGCCACAGUUCAAUCAGGCCCAUUUUGGUCAAGCUCCAGGUGUUCCUCCAUCAGCUGCACCUCUGCAGCCUUCAGGUUAUAUCUUACCACAACAUUUCCAACCUGGAGGAACACAGGGUGGCGCACCUGUUAGACCCCCUAACCUGCAAAAUGCUCCACAGGUGCCUCCUCAGGGGUACAUGCCAGUUCCUUGGCAGCAAACGCCUGGUGCUCCCUACACUGGACCCCCAAGACCAAAUCUACCUGGACAGCAGGUGCCCAUGCCUGUUGGUCAGUUCCCUCAACAGAUGCCAACUGUCUUUCCCCAAACUUCCUCCGCUCAGCAGAUCCCUCCAGGAACCCAGUACCCAGUACCCCAACCUCGACAAAGCAGAACAUCUCAGAUACCUACAAAUGCCAUUCCUGCUCAACACCAACCACCAAGCUCUCCUGGGCAGUUUCAGCCCAUGAUGCCAGGCCAGGGUCAACCCCAGCAAGGCCCUGCCCCGGUUUACUGGCCUUCUAUGCCACUGCAGACCCAGCCUCAGCCUGGUGUACCAGUACAAGCUCAGGGACCACCUCUUUCCGGUCCUCCAAACCAGUUCCUUCCUGGACCACCACUACAAAACCAGCCCCAGCCUCAAAUGGGCCACGUUCCACCAUUUUUCCCCCCUGCUCAAUCCCAGCAAAUACCAGGAUCCUUUCAGAGGAUGCCCUUCAGCCAGAAUCCCCAGAUACCCAUUGCCUACCAUAGUUCCAUUCCCCAUCAGAUGCCUCCUGGGGCUGUUCCACCAAGUAACGCCCAACCAGGACCUCCCCAAACCCAACAAUUCAUGGGUCAGCCACCUGCGACCACCCAGUUCAACCCCAUGUUCCAACCUGUGAGACCACCACAACCACCAUCCACGCAGAACUUUUACCCUCAGAACAUUCCUUCUUCUACUGGACCAGUUACCCAAGUCCUGGACAAUCCAAAUCCUCCAGCACUCGCUGACAUCCUGACACCUUCUCCUGCUCAACGUCCUGGGAAUGUCCUGAACCCUUCGCCAAUGGAACCAGUCCAAGAUAAGAUGGGGAAACUUGGCAUUUCCUCCCAGGGAGAAGCUCCAGCCAACGGGUAUCCUCAUUAAAUGUGGAUGCGAAGAAUUAACGCUGCUGGACUGUGAGGGAACAUCUGUGAAUUAAGAAGCAACCCGAAAGAGUGAUAACCUGAAAGAGUGAUAACCCGAAAGAGUGAUAACCCACAGGAGCCACUGAAGAGGGACCUGUUCAAUGAUCUGGACAGUACCUUUUCGGACCGUACAUAAGACCUAAAAUAUAAUAUUUGCUUAAUUGAAGUUGAUAAGGGCAAAACGUAAUCAGUUAUCGCUAAUGAAAUAUCUGCUUACUUUAAAGGCCGUUGCGCACUGGACACGCCACGCAGUGAUGCACCAUGCGGCAGAACAACACUCCAUGCGGCGACACGCCACGGCAUUUAGAGACACACCACCCCAUUCAGAUUCACUCCGCAAGGUGCAGCAACACGCCACUCAACUCAGCGACACCCCACACCAUACAGAGACAUACCACUUUAUGCAGGAAUACGCCACCCAGCGACACGCCACCCAACUUAGUGAUUCGCCACUCAACGACACUCAACUUAGCAACACGCCACUCAACUUAGCAACACGCCACUCAACUUAGCAACACGCCACUCAACUUAGCAACACGCCACUCAACUUAGCAACACGCCACUCAACUUAGCAACACGCCACUCAACUUAGCAACACGCCACUCAACUUAGCAACACGCCACUCAACUUAGCAACACGCCACUCAACUUAGCAACACGUCACUCAACUUAGCAACACAGCACCCAGCGACACGACUUCACUUGGUGAUUCGCCACUCAACGACACACCAUACAUCAACACGCCACACACUUUAGCAACACGCCACCCAGCCACAUGACUCAACUUGGUGAUUCGCCACUCAACAACACACCCUGCAGCAACACACCACUCAACUUAGCAACACGCCACUCAGCAACAUGCCACACCAUUCAGAGACAUGCUGCACCAUGCAGCGUCAUGCCGCUCAGCCACAUGCCUCCCAGCGACACACCAUUUAGCGUCAUGCCGCUCAGUUACACAUGCAGCGCCACAUGCUUAGCAUCAUGUCACUCAACUUACUGCAGCGACAUGCCAUUUAUAUCGCCAACACGCCACUCAAAUCGGCAACACGCCAGACCAGACCAUGUGGUGAAACACCACCCAAAUCAGUGACAAGCCAAGCCUUGUAGCAACAAAGGCACACCAUGCAGCAACAUGCCACUUAACUCUACGACACGCCACACCAUGCAGUGAAGCGCAACUCAACUCGGUGACACAUCACACCAUGUAGCGACCCGUUAUACAACUUGGCAAUACAGCACUCAAUUCUGAGACACGCCACUGAGUGACGCACCACACCACAAAUCGACACGUCACUCAAAUUGGCGACACGCCACACCAUGCAGCGACACGCCACUCUACUCGGUGACUUGCCACUGAGCGACACACCACACCACACUGAGGGGUAUUUUAAGAUAAAACAACGUUUAUUAGAAUCUAAAGUAUUUAUUUCUAAUAUGUUCAGUUGGUUGAUCAGCCACAGAGAAGUGUCUUUAGAUCAGAACGUGACUCAAAUUAAACAUUAUAUUUAAGAGGAAUUAAAAUAUGCUCAAAAUCCUUUAGUUAAAAAAUGUUUUACAGUGAUUUUGUAAUUUUCCGGGGGCAGCACCUCUCGUGUCCAGUGUGCAACGGCCUUAAUUAUCAUAUACAGCACUAAACAGCAUCAGCACUACAUGAGUUAACACUGUUCAAUUAAUUCUGUUAAAUUCUAUAUAUAUAUUCAUAUGUUAGCUUAUAUCUUCUGUUAAGGUGAGGGAACACUCUAUACACUGAUCUGAUCUGCAGCUAUGCAACUUUAUUAAUUCCUUUGCUUAUCAUUGAGCUUUAAAAGCACUUUAGUCUUUAUGAUGCUGAAUGGGAGAAUGUUGGUGAAUUUUAUAUGUAUGUUUUGAUAUUGCUGGAUGAUUAUAGCGGUGAGUUUGUGAUGGUGAAAGAUUUUUAUAUUUAAUAAUAACCAGAAAGAUGCAGUAGUUUUGAUAUUUUGAUAAACUGACUAACAGACGAGUAAUUAUGGGACAUUUUCUAGUUUAUAAUCUCGUAUAUGCAUAUCACAGAGUAAUAUCAGAAUAUGAUGACCAUCUUUUCAGCUCCUCUGAUCAUAUAGGACAUGCUUUCUCCUGCGAGUGGAUCUGAUGCAGCAGUGCUGCUGGAGUUUUUAAACACCUCAGUGUUGCUGCAGUGCUGAGAAAAGUGUCCUGUAUGAUCAGUGGAGCUGAUGAGGUGAAUCAAGGGUCAUAAUAAUCUGAUAUUACUGUACUUUUCUCUUUAUUUUUCUGUUAUUUUCUCUCAAUCUGUGAAAAUGAGAGGGAUAUUAAAUGUUAAUAAUCUGAUUUAUCUGAUUUAAGAGUCUGUAAGAGUGCGAAAGUUGUGAAAGUGUGCAUGUGAGUGAGAGCAAAAGUAAGUUCGUGUGAGCAAGUGGGAGUGUCUGUGUAAGAGUGUGAGAGUGCGCCUGUGAAAGAUUGAGUGCAUCAGUGGGAGAGUGAGUGUGCGAGUGUUGGUGUAAGAGUGCGUGUGCAAAUGCGAGUGCAUUAGUGCGACUGUCAAUGUGUGAAAGUGUGUCAUUGUAAGAGUGUGUGUCGGUGAGUGUGCGAUUAUCAGUGAUUGUGUCAGUGAGUGUGUAGGUGUGAAAGUGUGUCAGUGUAAGAAUGUGCGAGUGUAAGUUUGCGAGGGUGUCAGUGAAAGUGUGUCAGUGUGUGUGCAAGUGUAAGAGUUUGCGAGUGUCAGUGAAAGUGUGAAUGAGUGUAAAAGUGUGCAAAUGUUAGUGAAAGAGUGUCAGUGUAACAAUGUGCGAGUGUAAGAGUUUGCGACUGUCAGUAAAAGUGUGUGCGAGUGUGAGUGUCAAUGUAAGAACGGGUGAUGUAAGAGUUUGCAAAUGUGUCCGUGUAAGAAUGGGUGAGUGGAAGUGCGUGAGCGUAAGAGUUUGCGAGAGUGUGUGUGUGUGUGUGUGUGUUAGAUUUAAUUCAGACUAUGUGCCCAAAUUGCCACAUUGUGGUGCUGUUGGCUAAUGAAUGUAUUAAAUAUAGGCAAGCUGGAGA